UCCGAUUCGUGCCACGUACACAUGCGUCCAGGAAAAAGACUCCAUAUCAAUUAAAAAAAAAAAAGUUAGAAGAGUUUGGUGAGAAAACAAAAUAUCUUGGGUUGAGGAGAGCAGCCAGGCGGUGAAGGCGAUGGCGAUCUGAAGAUAUUUUAACGAUGUAAAAUCCACCAACUUUAUUCUCAUUUCUCGUCCAGAAGUACUUCGCUCACCAUCAUCAGCAGAUUCAGAAGUUUAAUUGCUUCCAUUUCCUAUUGUGGAAGCUUAGACCCAUCACGAGCAUCCCAUUCCCACGCCCACGCGUUUCAACUCCUUUAGCCUGUAACAUCAAUUAUAGAUUUGGUAAAGUGAGCUGCAUUAGAAAUAUGGCAUCUUUAGCAACUUCAGACAUUUGUGAUUCAAAUGCAAAACAUGUACCAACUGGUGAUUUGCGUGUGUUGCAACCAAUCUUCCAAUGUUAUGGUCAUAGGAGAGCAUUCUCAGGCCCGAUUGUGACACUAAAGGUGUUUGAGGAUAAUGUGUUGGUGAGGGAGCUUCUUGAAACAAAGGGUGAAGGAAGAGUUCUAGUGGUAGAUGGAGGAGGAAGCACGAGAUGUGCUUUGGUGGGAGGCAAUUUGGGGCAAUUGGCUCAAAACAAUGGCUGGGCUGGGAUUGUGUUGAAUGGAUGCAUUAGAGAUGUUGAUGAGAUCAAUGGAUGUGAUGUCGGUGUGCGAGCCUUGGCGACGAAUCCACUGAAAUCAAACAAGAAAGGAACUGGUGAAAAGCAUGUUUCUGUGUAUAUUGCAGGAGCUCUGAUUCAUGAUGGAGAAUGGUUGUAUGCUGAUAAUGAUGGAAUCCUCGUGUCCAAGGCUGAGUUGUCUACCUGAAUUCUCAAGCUGUGCCAGCUUCUUCUCAUGACUGGCUGGAAAUUAUCCACUGGUAAUUCGAUUUUUGUAUACUUGAUGAAUUCUUGAUCGGAAUAUCUUGUUCCUUGUGAUCUAAUAACGUUGUAUCAAAGUCUGAGUUAUCAAUCUGAAUUCUGAAGCA